AAGAACCCGUACUUGUUCGUGGUCGUCAUUCGUAUAGGAAGCGUGCGGUCGAUUUUUUGGGUGGUUUUCUUGGUGUCAUUUGUCCCAAAAAGUUUUAUUUCGUAAAAAGCAGCGUUUAGCGUGUGUUUUGUGUCCUGUCUAAGUCAACAAAUUAAUUAAGUAUUUCAAAAAUGGCACCACCAUCAUAUUCAGAUUUGGGAAAACAAUCCCGAGACAUUUUCUCCAAAGGCUAUCACUUUGGUCUAUGGAAAUUGGAUUGCAAGACAAAGACCCAGUCGGGAAUUGAAUUCUCUACAAGUGGUCACUCAAACCAAGAUACUGGCAAAGUAUUUGGCAACUUGGAAACCAAAUACAAAGUUAAGGACUAUGGACUAACAUUCACCGAAAAGUGGAAUACAGAUAAUACACUGUACACUGAAAUCGCCGUACAAGAUCAGAUGGUUGAAGGCCUUAAAUUAGCCUUUGAAGGUACUUUUGCUCCACAAUCUGGACACAAGAACGGCAAGUUGAAGGUAGCUUUUGCAAAUGAGAAUGUUAAGGUCGACUCUGACGUCAAUGUCGAUUUGGCUGGUCCGUUGAUCAAUGCUUCCGCCGUAUUCGGCUACCAAGGUUGGUUGGCUGGUUACCAGACUGCAUUUGAUACCCAAAAGUCGAAAAUCACCACCAACAACUUCGCCUUGGGUUAUACAACUGGUGAAUUUGUUCUUCACACUAGCGUUAAUGAUGGACAAGAAUUCAAUGGAUCCAUCUACCAGAAAUGUUCCGAUAAAUUGGACUGUGGUGUUCAACUCGCUUGGACAGCCGGUUCGAAUGCAACCAAAUUUGGACUUGGUGCAAAAUACAAUCUUGAUAAGGAUGCUUGCGUCCGUGCCAAGGUCAAUAAUGCAAGCCAAGUUGGUUUGGGCUAUCAACAAAAAUUGCGGGAUGGUGUUACUCUAACAUUGUCAACAUUAAUCGAUGGAAAGAACUUCAACGCAGGUGGACACAAGAUUGGUGUUGCUCUUGAAUUAGAGGCUUAAGAGAAGCUUACACUAACUAAUUUUUAACGAAAUCCAUCAAUCUAAUAUUGCAACCAGAACAGUUAAGAACUAAACACACUUGGAAAAAGUUGAAAUGAACUGCCUACAAUGAAAUAAAACUACCAUCUCAGAAUGAAAUCAUAAAUAACAUCCAGAACGCGUUUAAUUUAUAGUGAAAAUUGAAACUGACUAGGUUAGUUGACGUGGUUCAGUGUCUGCCGCUUGAACAAAUGGAAGAAAUCGAAAGUAAGAUGAAAUAAAAAAAUUAUUUGCGAAUUGAUUGCGUCAUUUCAGCUCUUCUUAAUACCUUGUAAUGUAUGUAUAGAACAACAAGACAAUGUAGAGAAUGCUCGUCAUAAAUUUUAGAAGAUAAAUCGA